AUGAUUAAUCUAGAAAGCAACCGAACAACUAAGAGUAAGAUAAUUUAUAUAGUUACCUGGACGAUUGCAGCUACAUUACUCAUACCAGCCGGCUAUAAGCUGCACCAGUAUAUUGAUGAAGGUCCCAGGCCUAACGUCACCGACGCUAGGACUCAAGGAGCGGCAUUACAUAGGAGGGAGGAGUUGGCCCUUUUCGGACAACCGGUUGCAUAUACGGGCGACUAUAUGAUUAGUGACUUUGUUUCUCUACCAAUAUCAGAUAAGUUAGCUUUUAAUUACACAGCUCCAAUCGAAACGAGAUUUAAUUACCUCUGGGCUGCGGUAUCAGCAUGGAACGUCUUUCAGGCUGGGUACAGCUUAUGGAGUACGAUUAGGGCCUGCAGGGAUUGGUCUACCGGAGGGAAAGCAGGUCAGAGUGAUUGUGUCGUAGGAGCAGCCACUACUGGUGUGACACUGAGUGCUGCUGCGGGUGCAGCAGUGGCCGGGUACUUGGAGAUAGGACUGGCACUUAAGAGAAGCGGUACGGCGUUACCAGGUUUUGGUAAGCGUGAUUCCGCACAAACUACUACAGAUUUAGUCCAUCAGAUGGCGUUAAACCUUAUCAAUGGAACAGAUGUCGCUAUAGCGGUGAUUUACGACCGCACAGGCCAGCCUAUCUACAAUGAACACUCAGGAUGGCCAGUAUUCGCCCUUAAACAUGAGUCGCAUCCCAUCUUACACUUCACAACUCUAGACACCAAUGGCACUAGCCAUAACUUCGUCAUGACGGAUCAACACCCGGUAGUCAAUUUAGCGAAGCGUGACGAACAAUUUAACCUCGAGAACUUCAGUCAAGGUGGACUGCAGUUCCAUGACUACCAGAUUGAAGAUAAUUCGGUAGCUCAUGUAGACGUAUACAGAGAUUACGGCGAAUUUGACCAUCAACUAAGCUGUCAAUUGGAUUUACAAGCACAUGCAUUCAAGUAUGAAGUUUGGGACUACAACCAUAAUCAGGCCAUGGUAGUGGGCAACUGCUGGGCAUACCAGUACGACCCAUACGAAGACAGGAUGGUGGAUAUGAUGAUGUAUCCUGGGAACCCCAUGAAUGAGUGGGAUAAAUGUUAUGUAUCAUGA